UCUUAAAAUUUUGAAACCCUAGCUAAACCCCUCCUCCUGUAACACUGAACCCUACCAGCAACCAUCAGAAGAAAAAGAAAAAAUUCUCCCUCUGUUUUUUUAUCAAAAUCUCCAAGACCCGUAAAUCACAAUGGGAAAAGUAAAGGGAAAGCAUCGUUUGGAUAAAUUUUACAAACUAGCCAAAGAACAUGGCUAUCGAUCGCGUGCGUCAUGGAAACUAAUUCAACUAGACACCAAGUUCAAGUUCCUCCAAUCCUCACGCGCCGUGCUUGACCUUUGUGCCGCACCUGGUGGGUGGAUGCAGGUGGCAGUGCAGCGCGUGCCUGUAGGAAGUCUUGUUCUGGGCAUUGAUUUAGUUAAAAUCGCGCCUUUACGAGGGGCUGUCUCGAUAGAGCAGGAUAUAACCAAGCCUGAGUGUAGGGCUAAGAUUAAGAAAAUUAUGGGAGAACAUGGAGUUAGAGCUUUUGAUUUGGUUUUACAUGAUGGGUCACCAAAUAUUGGUGGUGCUUGGUCUCAAGAGGCUAUGGCUCAAAAUUCUCUGGUUAUCGAUUCUGUUAGAUUGGCUACUCAGUUCUUGGCUCCUAAAGGAACUUUUGUUACUAAAGUUUUCAGGUCCCAAGAUUAUAGUUCUGUCAUCUAUUGUCUUAAUCAGUUAUUUGAGAAGGUCGAGGUAGAUAAACCAGCAGCAAGUCGUUCAGCUUCUGCUGAAAUAUUCGUUUUGGGUUUAAGGUACAAGGCCCCUGCUAAGAUUGAUCCUCGUCUUCUAGAUGUAAAGCAUUUAUUUCAGGGAUCUGAUGAACCCCAACGGAAGGUGGUGGAUGUCCUUCGAGGAACAAAGCAGAAGCGGCAUCGUGAUGGGUAUGAAGAUGGAGAGUCCAUUGUCAGAAAAGUUUACUCAGCAGCUGAUUUCAUUUGGUCUGACAGCCCUCUUGAGAUCCUUGGUUCUGUUACUUCAAUAGCCUUUGAUGAUGAGGUUUCUUUACCCUUGCGUGAUCAUGAUUUAACCACAGAAGAGGUUAAAGAUCUUUGUGAUGAUCUGCGUGUUUUGGGAAAACAAGACUUCAAGCAUCUAUUGAAGUGGCGGAUGCAAAUAAGAAAGGCCAUGUCUUCGUCUCAGAAAGCUAGUCCUUCUAUUGGAAAAGGUGAUGAAGAUGAAAAAGAGGAGGAUGAAGAUGAUAGGUUGCUCAAUGAAAUGGAGGACCUGACAAAUGCUAUGGAGAGGAAGAAGAAACGAGAAAAGAAACUUCUUGCAAAAAGACGAGCCAAGGAUAAAGUACGGAAGGCAACUGGUGGUAUGCAAAUCGAUGCAACAGCAGAUGGUUACACUGAUCUUGAAUUGUUCUCUCUUUCUUCCAUCAAGGGAAAGAAAGAUUUAGUAGCUGUUGAUGCUGCUGACUAUGAUCAUGAGAAUGAUGGCUUAAGGGAUGGUGAAAAUGAAGAAACUGAUGAGGAAACCCAGGAGCAUUCACCCAGUGAUGUAGAUUCUGAUGAGGAACGCAGACGAUUUGAUGAACAAAUGGAAGAGAUCCUUGAUCAGGCUUAUGAAAGGUUUGUGACCAAAAGGGAUGGAAGUACAAAACAGCGAAAACGUGCAAAGCAAGCCUAUGCUGAACAACUUUUGGAGGGUGAUGGCGAUAAUGAUAUUGUUCAUUCGGAUUAUGAUUCAGAUAAAGAAAUUGGUGAUCAUGAAGCAAAUCCUCUGAUGGUACCAUUCAAUGAUGGGGAAGUACCAACUGAAGAAGAGAUUACAAGGAAGUGGUUUGAUCAGGAUAUCUUUGUCAAAGCUGCAGAGGAUGGAGACUUGGAAACUGCCGAGGCUAGAAAAUUGGAGAAGUAUGAAAGUGAAGAUGAAAUGCUGGUAGAUGGACAGGAGAAAGAAAUUGCGACUCCAAAAAAGCCUGCAAAGAAUGCUGCAGGGUCUGAUUGUACUCAACCCCCAUCUUCAUUGGCGGAAAAUGAUUUUGAGAUAGUCCCUGCUCCAGCUACAGAUUCUAGUGAUGAUUCAUCAUCAGAUGACUCUGAGGAUGAUGAUGUUGACUCAAAGGCUGAAAUAUUGGCUUGUGCUAAGAAGAUGCUUAGAAAAAAACGAAGGGAGCAGAUGCUUGAUGAUGCGUACAACAAGUAUAUGUUUGAUGAUGAGGGCCUGCCUGGCUGGUUUGUGGAGGAAGAGAAGAGACACCGCCAGCCAAUUAAGCCGGUUACCAAAGAGGAGAUUGCUGCUAUGCGAGCACAAUUCAAAGAAAUAAAUGCUCGGCCUGCUAAGAAAGUGGCCGAAGCCAAGGCUCGAAAGAAGAGGGUAGCUGCAAGGAAGCUUGAGAAGGUGCGCAAGAAGGCAAAUGAUAUAUCAAAGCAGACGGAGAUCUCUGAUCACUCAAAGGGCAGGUUAAUUGAGCAGCUAUACAAAAAGGCUGCACCAAAAAGGCCUAAGAAGGAAUAUGUGGUUGCAAAGAAAGGAGUUACAGUCAAGGUUGGCAAGGGGAAAGUUCUCGUUGAUCGGCGGAUGAAAAAGGAUGCGCGUGGUAUGGGAAAGCCAGGAAAAGGCGGUUUGAAGAAGGGUAAGAAUGCAAAGGGCCAGAGAGGUAAAGGGCCUGCAAAGACUUCAGUCAAGGGAAAUAAGGGAAAGAAAGGAAAAAAGAUGGGCAUGCAUGAAUAAAGGUUUGCAUCUGAAAAGAUGAAGUUGUUGCUUCGAAUUCCAGCUUUCUUGCACAAUUAUUCUUUGAGCUUUGUUUUUUCCUGGUGGUUUCUCAUGAUAUUUAAACAAUGGAACAGUAAGACUUGAAGCCUGUCGAGGCGUAUAAAUUUUGCUGUAAUGUUUAUGAGAGUUACCAGAAUCUUUUGUCUGCGCAGAA